GUAUGCAAAUUAAGGUACCGCCUACUUUGUAGAGGUACGUGCGUAAUCUGCACAUGCGCAGUAGCUUUACUGCCACUUAAACAUUGUAUUAGCUAUAAAACAAAGAGGUAAGACUAUACGUUUAAAGUUUUGUUCAAUUUGUCAUUAAUUUGGCUAUUUGAGUAUAAGUUAAAAUAAACAGAAAAUGUAGAGAGCCUAAUUAAACUGGUAGAUAGCUAGCUUGUUAAGAUAUAUUUAUAAAUCAAAAUUUUUUUCCCAAAUCAUUAUGAGUCAUUAAUACUAAUCCAUAUUUCAGUCUUUCGAUUUUCGUACUAUGUGUCAAAUUACGCUUUUUAAAAUCUAAAACGGUGAAAUGAAAUCCCUCAGUCUCGUUAUGGCGGAGUGUAGUUUUUUUGACUGCGCUAAUGGUUCGUGAACACCUCACAGGAAGUAGGAUAAGAACUACAAUACCCAUCUGCCCCCGCGGUCACUGGUUAACUAAUUACACGGCUGUUUCCAAUUGCGCUGAUGAGAGAUUUUCCAAUUUCUUCAAAACCAAAUAUAACCGAAGGUAAGUUGUUUGGUUUUGUACUUUAUGUUUGUAGCUUUUUAUUUGCGUGUUUCAACACGUUAUUUUUAAUUAAUAGCAAUGGUAAAGUGGUUAAAUGGAUUGUUAUGCCAGCGGACUUUAAUUGCCAGCUGAGCUCGCGCACGCCUUCUCUAUCAAGCACAUUAGAAAGUCUGAUAAUAAAACAACUCCGAUGGUUGAAAUGGGAAUGUUUAGUGGUGUUUAUACUUUAAUCCAACUAGCUUCACCACGCAGUCGAAUAGUUAAUUUAUAUAAAAAAAAAUCAAGCUUAAUUCUUUAAUGUUCUGUGCAACCGUUUGGUAGCCCACAUGUUGACUUAUUAUAUUUCUUUAACAAUUUUUAAAAAAUGUAACACAAGCUGAUUGGGCAACCCUUUGGUAGAGGCCUAUAUUUAAAUAAUUAUGGGGUCUGUUAAAAAAAAAAGUUAUAUAUUAUUAGCCUGGCCAAGCACAGCUCAUUAGUAGAUAUGAAUUUGUUUUGUUAAUAAUCUUGGUGUGGUGCGACUCAGUGCUGUAACUGUGAUCUGAUCUGUCUGAACAACGUGCUUUAUUACACUUACAAACAUGUUUUCAUCAUCAGAAACAUCACUGGGGAAAAGAAAAACUCAAAAAUCACACUAACAUUUUCUGGUAGAGUUAAAAUGCCACGAAGGAUCAGCCCUCUCACAGAUGCCAUUUAUUAUGUCACUACCAAGAGUGACCAGACAUCUAAGCUAGAGGUGAAGUACAUAAGUUCAGAGAAAGGGCGUGGUAUCUUCACUCUAACUUCAUUUGACAAAGGUGAUUUUGUGGCAGAGUACCGAGGAGAAAUGAUUGAUUUCAUCGAGUCUCAAAGAAGGAGAAGAAUUUACCACGAUGCAUGUGGUGUGUUUAUGUUCGACUUCAAGUGGAAGGGAAAAACUUGGUGUAUUGAUGCUGCAAAAGAAGAUGGAUCUUUUGGUAGGCUUGUUAAUGAUGACCACAAGCACCCAAAUUGCAGAAUGAAGAAGAUUGAAGUGGAUAGGAGGCCACAUCUUUGUCUCUUUGCAUUAAAAGACAUUAAACAAGGACAAGAAAUUACAUAUGAUUAUGGAGGAACAGACUGGCCUUGGCGUAGCAAGGUUAUGGAGGACAACCCUGAUGAGAACAAUGUCCAAGAAAAACAUCCAUCACAGUCUACAUCUCUUCUGGAUCAUAAUACUGCUACUAGUGCAUCAGUGACUGAACAGCAUUCUUCAUCAGAAGACAGUGAUGAACAAGAUAUGUGCAUACCAAGGUUAAGGAGGACCAAAAGUGUCUUUAUGAAAGACUUAAUUCCUGAUGCUUCAGAUGAGCUCUUUGAUUCUACUCCAGACAGUGGAGAGGAAUAUGUUCCAAACUCCAAAGAUGACAGUGAUGAGAGCAGUUCAGAGAGUAGCAUGAUCGUUAAACCUUUAAAUUUGUGUCGGUCAGACACAGACCCUGUUCUUCCCAGCAGUUCUGUCCCUGAUAGCACCACCCCAAAUGUCAUGGACAAAAGCAGUCAUGAGACCAUGGAAGUAACUGAUCAUUCUCAAGUUAGAGACAGUGAUGUAGCUUGCAUCAGUCCAACGAAUGUUCAGAAAAAUGCAAGAGUAGUUGUAAAUUCAGUCAAAAGAAAACAUGAUGGUGGUAGGGUAUACAAUAAGAAACACUAUUGUCUGUUUUGCUUCAAACCUUAUAACAAGAUGGCAAGACAUUUGGAAUAUGUGCAUUCCACUGAAAAAGAAGUAACUGAAGGAUGCCAGUUUCCAAAGGGUUCUAUGCAAAGAAAAAUGUUUUUUAAUGAUCUUCGACACAGAGGCAACUAUGCACACAAUGCAGCUGUAAUGAAGUCAGGCGAAGGAGAACUGGUUCCGUACAGACAACCACAAAAUCAAACAGAAGGCACUGAAUUUAUGCAUUGUGCAUAUUGCCAAGGGCUGUUUACCCGGAAGGUUCUCUGGAGGCAUAUGAAAAGCUGUAAAUUGAGCACUAAAGAUAAAAUCUCAAGACCUGGAAAAAAUCGUGUCCAAGCUCUCUGUUCAUAUGCACAACCUGUAUCUUCAAACAUAAGCAAAGCAUUAUGGAAGACAGUAAGCCACAUGAAUCUAGAUGAAAUCACAGCUGCUGUCAAAAAUGACUGCUGCAUCAUUCAGGUGGGAGAACACUUGCUGAACAAAGGUGGAAUAUCUGCUAAGAAUGAGGCAUAUGUCCGACAGAAGUUGCGAGAGCUGGGAAGGUUACUGGUCAGUGGCAGCAAAGUUGCAUCUUUGAAAAGAAUGGAAGAUUUCCUAGAUCCACAGAACUAUAUGAAGACAGUUAAAGCUGUUAGACAUGCAUGUGGAUAUGAUUAUCAAACCAACACAUACAGAACACCUUCACUUGCAAAAAAACAUGGAAUAAGCCUAAUGAAGCUUAGUAAGCUUACAAAAGCUAAAGCUUUGAUUAACAAGGAUGUUGACUUGGCACAGAAAGUCACUGGAUUUCAAGAUGUGCAUAAGGAACAGUGGUGUGAUUUGAUCUCUGCAACAGCUGCACGAAAUAUAGAAGAAUUAAAGUGGAAUGCACCUACUGUGUUGCCAUUUACAAAGGACGUGCAAAAGCUUCACACCUUCCUUGACAAAACACAAGAUGAAUGCGUCAAGCAGUUAUCAUCAGUGUCUUCUACAAAAUACUGGUCCGAACUUGCCAAAACCAUUUUAACUCAAAUCAUCCUGUUCAACCGCCGCAGAGAGGGAGAGGUAUCAAGUAUGCCUUUAUCUGCAUUUUUAACCAGGGACACCUCUGAUCCACAUGCUGAUGUAGACUGGGCAUUGUCUGAAGUUGAGAAGAAACUGUGCAGACAUUUCUCAAGAAUUGUCAUCAGGGGAAAAAGAGGACGUCCAGUUCCUGUUCUACUGACACCAAAAAUGCUGGGUGCAUUGGAGUUGCUCGUAAAGAACAGGGAGACUUGUGGAGUGCUAAAGGAAAAUGUUUAUCUUUUUGCUCGGCCAACAGCAAUGUCGCAUUACAGAGGCUUGGACUGCAUCCGUAACUUUGCCAAGCAUUGUGGUGCAGAUAGUCCAUAUGCACUUACAUCCACAAAAUUACGAAAACAGGCAGCAACUCUUUCUACAGUCCUAAAUCUGAGGGACACGGACUUGGAUCAGUUAGCAAACUUUCUUGGACAUGAUAUCCGAAUUCAUCGGGAAUACUAUCGCCUUCCUGAAAAGACCCUACAGCUUGCAAAAGUCAGCAAAGUGCUUAUGGCGUUAGAACAAGGAAGAGUUGGGCAGUUUAAGGGCAAGAAUUUGGAUGAGAUCACUAUUGAUCCAAAUGAGGAAAUGGAGUUAAACAGUGAUGAAAUAAUGAGUGAGGAAGGUGAGAAAUGUGAAGAACAUGAAGAUGUCGGGGUGCCACCAGUGGACACUGAAAUCGUGCACACCGUGGAGAUGAAUUCUCUUCAAAGGUCUUCUAAAGGUAAAACUUCUACUCUGAAAAAGAGGAAGGCUUGGGAAGUAAACGAGGUCACCGCAGUGGAGAGACAUAUGAAGACUUUCAUCAUGUCAUGCCGUGUCCCAGGGAAGUUGGCCUGUCAAAACUGCAUUACAGCUGAGCCUUUAGCUCUUAAAGAUAGAGACUGGCAAAGUGUCAAAUUCUAUGUCUACAAUCACAUUGUAGCUUAUAAGAGAGAUCUAAACAAGAAUGAUUAGAUAAGAUGGAUAAUGGCACUUUGGUACUUUUUCUAGUUCUUCUUUAAGUUAUGUUCCAUCUCUAGGCUAUCACGUUAAUGAACCAGUCAGCAUUUAUUUCAUAAUAAACUAAUCAGGAGCAGAUCAAGUAUUUCAAUAUUUAUAAGAACCCUUACCUACACAUUGAUACUGCAUCCAAUCAAAUUUAUUUUGGCCACCUCCUUCCAUUUUACUGCCACUGCCUUUUGUUUGAGCAAUAAAAGCUCCAAUGUGCUGCCCAUUUAUUUGUUUAGCCUAGCUAGCUUGGCAAAUGUUGUUAAAUUGUUAGCUGCCACUUUUUAGAGUAGUCAGUUUAGGUAGAUAAAUAAAGAUUAAGGCCAUAUUCAUGUUUUGGAAAAAAUCCUUUCAUUUGUGUAUACUAAGUAAUGUGCAGUAUGCAAGGUUUGAGGUGAUUGUAAGGGUCAAAAUUUUUAUUUUGGUUGCUGAAAGUUUUUGAUCCAAAUACUUGAAUGCAAUUUAUUUGUAAUUAGUUAAUUAUGAAGUAAAUGCUAGUCAGGCCUAGCCAGUUAUAGAAUGUUCAGUGCUUGUUAUAGUAUGUUAUAGAGAAUACUCAUUUACUUUUGGAUGUUGAUGUAAGUGUAAAUAAGAGUUGUGCUUUUAACAGCUUUGUAUUACACUAAAUAUGAGAGAGUUUAUUCAUAGUACAUGUGAGCUUUUAGUAAAUUUAAUGAGACUUUCUGUUGACUUUGGCAGUAAAGAAGCUCAAGACUCAAGUUGUCUGUUAUGUUAAAUAAACAGGGCUUUUCCUGA